AAUAAGAACACGUGAUUGUUAACUACGUAUAUAUUGAUCGAUGAAAAUAUAACAUGAGAUUAUAUAACGUGUAAAACAACAUAUUUCUGAAAAUGUCUUGCAAAGUAACAUGCAUAUUAGUAAUUUUGCUAUGGGUUACAUACAUAUCAAGUGGAUGUCGGUGCUUUGUACAACACCCACAACGAAUAUUUUGCAGGGAAGAUUCUGUUGUAUUGGUCGGGAGAGUAAUAAAAAAGGAAACUCCUAAGGGAGGACGUAAAAUACAAUAUCACUUUAAACUAUUAAAGUCAUUGAAGGGUGUUCAUGAAUCAAUUGGUUCAACGAUUAUCAUAGACACGUAUUCCUCUUCUUCGAUGUGUGGUGUAAGAUUUAUGGCUGUAGGAGAACAGUAUGUAUUGUCAGGUCGGAGGGACAAAAAAACAGGAAGGAUAUCUACCAUAACAUGUGGUAACUUCAUUUAUAAGAUCACUGAUGUUACAUUUGAGUUGAUGUUGUACCUGUUUAGUGGCGGUUCUGAUUCAUAUAAACAAAACUGUGAUUGUAAAGAAAUUGUGAACCCUAGACAUGAACCUGGAAAAUUUGACUCCAAUAAAGGAUGUCAGCUUCCCUCAGGACUGAACGCUGACACUGAUUGCUAUCGUAAAACGGGAUUAUGCAAGAGAACGGGAAGUGUGUGUGGGUGGGAAAACGCUGACUGUGGGCCAUGAUGACAAGGACAUAACAAAAAUAAACUUGAUGAUAAUUUAAAAUGGAAUGGAUCUUUAAUGCCAAUUAUGCAGAAUAUAUAUGUUUAUUUGCUGAA